AUGGCUACAGACCAGGCAUUUUCCGAUGGUCAUGGGCACCCCCAGGGCAGCCUGGGCUGGACGCUGCCACCUGCCAGACGACCUCAGGGACACCUCACUGAAGGACAGCACUGGGACUCUGAGAGGUGGCACGUGCUAUUUAGAGCCUUCCAACACUCAGAGGACGCAGACCCCCUCCACAGCUUGCACACAAUGUCUGCACUCCUCCAUCGCUGGCUGAGGCCGGAUGUGCUCACCAAGAAGCAGAUCUUGGAUAAGCUUCUGCUGGAGAAGUUCAUGAUCUGCAUGCCCCUGGAGCUGCAGGUCUUGGUGAAGGAGAGGUGCGUGCAGAGCUGCGAGGAACUGAAGGUCUUGCUGAGAAAUAAGGAGAAACCCAGGAAAUGGAAGGUCAUCAGCUUCCAAGGGCAGAAGUACCUUCAGGAGAAUUACGUUGUCCAGAUGGCCGACGAGGAAGUCGGGGACACAGAUCACAUGUUGUCCCGAUCCCCCAUAAGUCAGACGGGGGUACAUCCUGAGAACAGCCAGGAGGUCAAAGAAGAGCCAGGAAACAGUGACGUGCUGUGGGGACAGGGACAGAAAGUCUUCCUGCCAGAGGCGAUUUCCACGAAAAAUGAUCUUGAGGGUGUGAGGCCCCUGGAGAAUUUGGUGAAGUUGGAGAAUGAUGUGAUGGAAGACAGAGAAGAGGCAGUAGUACUCACAUGUCCAGAGCCUCCACUUCCCAGCAGUCCUGGAGAUUCGGUGAAGACAGAGGGAGAGCAGAACCCACCAGAAGGAAUUGGUCUGGAGCGUGUGGAUGCCGGUGACGUCCCUCCCACCCAAGUUCCGGAGACACAGGCUUUGAGUCAGUGUCCAAAGAGAAGAGGUUCUGGGAAUCCAGGAGGUGCCCCCAAGAGAAAAAGGGGCAACACUCCCACCCCCCAAGAGGAGCCUCAAGAAGGAGCCGUGUCCUUGGACAGAGGAGAAGUCACCAGACGGCACCAGUGCCAUUCAGUAGGUGAAUCAAGCACCGUGGAGCCAACUGGUCACCCUGUUUGCAAAGUAUCCAGGAGAAAGAUACCGUAUGAGUGUCAAGACUGUAGCAAAAGGUUCAGCUACAAAUCGCAGUUAGACCUUCACCUGAGGACACACACAGGAGAGAGACCCUUCCAGUGCCUUGACUGUCCCAAGAGGUUCAUUCAAGCCUCAGACCUCCACGUCCACCAGCGGAUCCACACCGGUCAGAAGCCGUUCUGCUGUAAAGUCUGCGAGAAGAGGUUCACCCACCAGUCCACGCUGCGUGGCCACCAGCGGGUCCACACCCAGGAGAAGCCUUAUCAGUGCGCCGUCUGCCAGAAAAGGUUCGGCCACCACGGGAACCUCAAGGUCCACAUGCGCACCCACUCGGGCCUGAGACCCUACCCGUGUCCCCAUUGCCACCUGGCCUUCAGCCAACUGGGGAACUUUCAACGCCACCAAAGGACACAUGUCAACGAGGCGCCCCAGGGGCCCCAGGUCCGUUCUGACCAAGAAGGACAUUAA